AUGCCUGUUGAAGCGAUUUUAACUUGUUGGGGUAACUCACAUCCCUUCCAAGAACGAAGGAUGAGUUUGUCUGAACCUGCUAAAAUUGGUCGUUCAGUUGCACAGUCACGCCCUACUUCCAGUAACGCUAUCUUUGAUUGCAAAGUUCUCUCAAGAAAUCAUGCAUUGAUGUGGCAUGAUAAUGGGAAGUUUUACCUUCAAGAUACGAAAAGCAGUAAUGGUACAUUUGUAAAUAAUCAAAGGCUCAGCAAAGGUGCUGAAGAGAGUUCACCCAAAGAAAUAUUCUCAAAUGAUAUUUUACAAUUUGGAGUUGAUGUUGUUGAAAAUUCUCGAAAAGUAACUCACAGCUGCAUCAUUGCAACAUUGAAACUAUUGGACAGUGAUGGGAGGGAAAUAACAAAAAGCUCUUUAUCAAACGACUCAUCAUCUGUGGUUGUAAAUAACGUCCAGUCUCAUGAAUUCUAUCAGUUGCUGCAGUACCUCCAGGAGGCUCUGCAUAGAGAACAACUUCUUGAAAGCAAGCUUACAGUUGUUCAGCAAUUAGUUCAAGCCACUCAGGAAUCUACAGAAAAUAACUGGCAGAAUUUAGUCAAUGAGGAAAAACUGCUUUCAAGAUUGGAGACUCUAGAAAAACAGCUGAGCAUUUGUUCCAAGCUUCAGCCUGAUGGAAGUCUGCAGCAAGAGUUGAUCACAUUGCAAAAUGACAAAUUUCAUUACGAAUCUCUGGCUAAAAAUUCUUUGAAAAAAGUUAUUGGAGAAAAAGUUGAGGCAGUGAAGAAGUUAAAUGAUGUUGAGCGAACAUUAAAUAAUAAAGAAGAGGAAUGCUCGCAUUUGAAAGACGUCAGUCAGCUAAUUCAGACGGAAUUAAAUGCUCUCUCGGAGAAGUUUCAGGACCAAUUUAAGGAUCUACAAAACGUUCAGCAACAAUUGCAGGUAUAUUUCAGCCUUAUUAUGAAAAGCUGUCCCAAAUUUCGCAAUUGCUUGUUUAACAGUCGUUGGCUAGUCUAA